CUUCUCCAGGAGUUCCUCCUCCUCCUUUUUCUUCCCUCUCCCACUCCUCACCUUUGGAAUCUAGAGUUCAAUGGCGACUCCUCCCGCCCCCUGCUGUGCUUGAAACAUAAGCACUCCGCAGCGCCGUCGGUAACUCCGGCGGCAGCCUCCAGCAGGUGGCAGAGUGGAAGAGGAGGAGAGGGAAUUUGGGAGGAUUUUGGCAAUGGCGGACAAUUUGAGCAGGUCGAGCAGCAAGAACAGCAGCCGGAGGAGCAGUGGCCGGAGAAACUGGCUGGCGUCGAGCUUCCGGGACCCGUCGGACGCCUUCCGGCGGGACCUCAAUGAGGGAGACGACGAGGAGAACCUGAAAUGGGCCGCGCUGGAGAAGCUCCCCACCUACGACCGGAUGAGAAAAGCCAUCAUCCGGCAGGUGAUCGAGAACGGCAAGAUCGUCAGCAAUGAGGUCGAUGUCGGCGAGCUCGGAAUUCAGGACAGGAAGCUCCUUGUGGAGCACGUCCUCAAGGUGGUGGAGGAUGACAACGAGCGGUUCCUUCUCCGGCUUAGAGACCGGAUCGACCGGGUCGGGCUCGAACUUCCUAAAAUCGAAGUCCGGUAUGAGAAUUUGUCAGUGGAGGCAGAUGUUUAUGUAGGCAGCAGAGCGCUCCCUACUCUGCUGAAUGGCACCAUGAACAUCAUAGAGGAAAUUAUUGGUUUCAUGCGGCUUUCUAAAUCCAAGAAAAGGACAAUGAAGAUACUUAAUGAUGUGAGUGGAAUCCUGAAGCCUUCGAGGAUGACACUGCUUCUUGGACCUCCGGCCUCAGGGAAAACAACACUUUUGCUGGCCCUUGCUGGGAAGCUUGAUAAAAAGCUAAGGGUAUCUGGUAAAAUCACAUAUUGUGGUCAUGAGUUAUCAGAGUUUGUCCCCCAGAGAACAAGUGCAUACAUUAGUCAGCAAGACCUUCACAAUGGUGAGCUGACAGUUCGAGAGACCAUAGAUUUCUCAGGACGGUGUUUAGGUGUGGGAACCAGAUAUGAGAUGCUUUCAGAAUUGUCAAGACGAGAGAGGGCUGCAGGUAUUAAACCAGAUCCUGAAAUUGAUGCUUUCAUGAAGGCAACUGCAGUGGAAGGGCAGGAAACCAAUGUUGUAACAGAUUACAUUCUUAAGGUACUUGGUUUGGAUAUCUGUGCAGAUAUCCUAGUUGGUGAUGAGAUGAGAAGAGGCAUAUCUGGUGGACAAAAGAAGCGUGUGACAACCGGAGAAAUGUUGGCUGGUCCUGCAAGGGCACUAUUCAUGGAUGAAAUAUCUACUGGACUUGAUAGUUCUACCACUUUUCAGAUUGUUAAGUUCCUUAGGCAGAUGGUUCAUGUCAUGGAUGGAACAGUGAUCAUUUCUCUUCUUCAACCUGCACCUGAGACAUUUGAACUUUUUGAUGACGUUGUGCUUUUAUCUGAGGGACAAAUGGUCUACCAAGGUCCUUGUGACAACAUUCUUGAGUUCUUUGAGUCUGUUGGUUUCAAAUGUCCUGAAAGAAAAGGAGUCGCAGACUUUCUUCAAGAGGUAACGUCAAAAAAGGAUCAAGAACAGUACUGGUUUAACAAGAACCAAACUUACCGGUAUAUCUCAGUUGCUGAGUUUGCACAGUUGUUCAAGUCAUUUCAUAUGGGGCAGAAGCUUUCAGAAGAUCUCAAAAUUCCUUAUGAUAAAUCUAAAACACAUCCUGCUGCAUUGGCAACAGAAAGAUAUGGCAUCUCUAAUUGGGAGCUCUUCAAAGCAUGUUUAGCAAGGGAAUGGUUACUUAUGAAACGCAAUUCAUUUAUCUAUGUAUUUAAGACUACACAGAUAACUGUCCUGUCACUGAUAGCUAUGACUGUGUUUCUGAGAACAGAAAUGCACCAUGAAGCAAUUUCUGAUGGUAACAAGUACUUUGGUGUACUAUUUUACAGUUUGAUUACUGUGAUGUUCAAUGGAUUUGCAGAGCUGGCAAUGACUGUUAUGAAGCUCCCAGUGUUCUAUAAACAAAGAGAUUUCUUGUUUUUCCCUCCCUGGGCUUUCGGAUUAUCAUAUUGGUUCCUCAAGAUUCCUCUCUCACUAUUAGAAUCGGGAAUAUGGGUUAUUCUCACAUAUUAUGUGAUUGGUUUUGCGCCUGCUGCCAGCCGGUUCUUUCGACAAUUAUUGGCAUUCUUCUUUAUUCAUCAAAUGGCACUCUCUCUGUUUCGCUUUCUUGGUGCUGUUGGAAGAACAAUGGUUAUAUCCAAUACAUUUGGGACUUUUGCUUUGCUCAUUGUUUUUGUGCUUGGAGGAUUUGUCAUCUCAAAAGAUGAUAUCCAAUCAUGGUGGAUAUGGGGCUACUGGAUUUCUCCUAUGAUGUAUGGGCAGAAUGCUGUAGCUAUCAAUGAAUUUCUUGCACACAGAUGGAGCAAGCCAAACACUGAUUCCAGUAUUGAUGCAUCAACAGUAGGACAGGCAAUUCUUAAAUCUAGAGGCAUGUUUGUGAAUGGCUAUUGGUAUUGGCUUGCUGUUGCUGCCCUUUUUGGGUUUUCUCUUCUGUUCAAUGCAUUGUUUAUUCUAGCACUAACUUACUUGAAUCCUAUUGGAAAUUCUCAAACUGUCACAAUUGAUGACGAUUCAGAUAGUAAAAAUAAAAAGGGCUCAACAUCAAUCGCACAAGAGAUGUCUGAAUUUACAGAGAGUGGUAGAGCAUCUACUAUGCCUGUUAUUGCAGAUGGUACUAACGUAGCUACGUCUGUAAGGAGGAACAGUUCUGAGAUUGCAAAUAAUGCAGACCAUCCAGCUAGGAGAGGAAUGGUUUUGCCUUUCCAGCCUCUUUCUCUUACUUUCAACCAUGUGAAUUACUAUGUGGACAUGCCUGCUGAGAUGAAGAGUCAAGGAGUUGAAGAAAAUCGUUUGCAAUUACUAUGUGAUGUGAGUGGUGCUUUCAGACCUGGUGUUCUGACAGCAUUAGUUGGUGUCAGUGGAGCUGGAAAGACUACGUUGAUGGACGUCUUGGCGGGAAGGAAAACUGGCGGUUAUAUUGAAGGAAGUAUCAUCAUUUCUGGUUACCCUAAAAAGCAAGAGACGUUUGCUCGGGUUAGUGGGUACUGUGAACAGAAUGAUAUUCAUUCACCACAUGUCACCGUUUAUGAAUCACUUGUUUACUCAGCUUGGCUGCGUCUUUCCCCAGAUAUCGACCAACAACAAAGGAAGAUGUUUGUCGAGGAGGUAAUGGAGUUAGUUGAGCUUAAUCUAUUGAGAGAUGCAUUGGUGGGCCUUCCUGGGGUUGAUGGUUUAUCUACUGAACAGCGAAAGAGGCUUACUAUUGCUGUAGAAUUGGUCUCUAAUCCAUCCAUUAUCUUCAUGGAUGAGCCAACAUCUGGCCUUGAUGCUAGAGCUGCAGCUAUUGUUAUGCGGACAGUCAGGAAUACAGUGGAUACGGGACGAACUGUUGUGUGCACAAUCCACCAACCAAGCAUAGAUAUAUUUGAGUCUUUUGAUGAGUUACUGUUGAUGAAGAGGGGAGGACAAGUCAUAUAUGCUGGAGAACUUGGUCGCUAUUCUCACAAGCUUAUAGAAUAUUUUGAAGCAAUCCCAGGUGUUCCCAAAAUUACUGAAGGUUAUAAUCCUGCAACAUGGAUGCUGGAAGUAAGUUCCCCUUCAGUUGAGGCUCGCAUGAACGUGGACUUUGCUGAAAUUUAUUCCAGUUCCUCUCUUUAUCAGAGAAAUCAGGAACUUAUCAAGCAACUGAGCAUUCCUACACCAGGUUCCAAGGAUCUUUCCUUUCCUACCAAGUACUCCCAGAACUUUACUACUCAGUGUAUGGCUUGCUUCUGGAAGCAGCACUGGUCUUACUGGAGAAACCCACAAUAUAAUGCCAUCCGGUUCUUCUUGACACUUGUAAUUGGCCUUCUGUUUGGCACAAUGUUUUGGAACAAGGGUGAAAAAACAAGCAUGCAACAAGACGUGCUCAAUCUACUUGGAGCCAUAUAUGCCGCUGUUUUCUUCCUGGGAGCCUCCAACGCUACCACAGUGCAGCCUGUUGUGGCCAUUGAGAGGACAGUAUUCUACCGUGAAAGAGCAGCAGGCAUGUACUCACCGUUGUCCUAUGCAUUUGCUCAAGUGAGCAUUGAGGUCAUAUACAUAGCAGCACAGAGUCUUCUGUAUACCCUGCUCCUCUUCUCAAUGAUUGGCUUUACUUGGCGAGCCAGCAAUUUCUUUUGGUUCCUCUACUUCAUUUUCAUGUGCUUUAUCUACUUUACACUCUACGGUAUGAUGGUCGUAGCACUCACUCCCAACCACCAAGUUGCUGGCAUUGUAUCCUCCUUUUUCCUCACCUUCUGGAACUUGUUCUCAGGAUUCCUUAUAUUUAGACCAUUGAUUCCGGUAUGGUGGAGGUGGUACUACUGGGCUUCUCCCGUCGCUUGGACGAUUUAUGGUGUUGUAACAUCACAGCUUGGGGACAAGGAAAACAAAAUGGGGAUACCUGGUGAGCAUAGUUCAACCGUGAAAGCUUUCCUGAAGGACAAUCUAGGCUUCAAGCACGACUUCCUUGGUUAUGUCGCUCUAGCCCAUCUUGGUUUCGUCCUUGCGUUCUUUUUGGUCUUCGGCUAUUCUAUCAAAUUUCUCAACUUCCAGAAGCGGUAGGGAGCAACGAUGAAGAACCAUGAAUGGAGUAAGCAGUCCUCAAGUUUUGUUCAUCGGUUGAUGAAGGAAGUGCCUCAUGACUGAUUUGCAUAGCAGUUGAAUCGCCAUUUCCUUUCAUGGUGUUUUGGCUGAUCACUUGUAUUCUUCAUCUAAGGGACAACUAGAUUUUAGGCAACCUCGCUAGCUCGGUACGUGAUGCGAGUAUUACUCUACAUUACAAACGCAAUCAUUGUAAGAUGUGUAUAUUUACGGUUUAGAGUCAUUUGAGUUGGAUGGCUUCUUAUUCUCUUUAGAAAUUUUAGCCUGUUAAAGAGAUACGUGGAGAUUAUUGAUAUUAUUGGACUGGUGAUUUUAUAUUAAUAGAAAGAUCAGUUGGAGCCUAA